AUGCGACUGGCGAGUCGCAGGGGGCGGGCCGACAGUCGCACCCCGCGCCCGCUGCGUCGCGCCGCGGCAGUCGCAAGCCACGACUCGGACAGAGCCACAGAAGUGAUGAUACGAAAAACAUUGUACCAAUUGAACCCGGUGUGUCUAAUCGAAGAGAUCAAAAAGCGUCCGGGGCUGUACCGAACAGAGCAACCGGCCGACAGAGAGGAGAAACUACAGCUUUGGAAGGAAGUGGGAGCGGCUAUAUACAGCGACUGGGAUACCUUUAAUAAGGCUACAGCAUACGAUAGAGUGUUACAAUUGCAAAGGAAGUGGCGGUCUCUACGCGACGCGUACAACAGGGAGCUGCGCGCGCGCCGAGCGACGCCGCGGGGCAACCGACGUGUGUAUAUAUACUUCAAACGGAUGAGCUUUUUGGGCGGUUUCGAGGGCAGUGUCAGUGAUGAUGAUAAUCAGGACGGAAAUGAAAUAAUAUACACCAAUCAACCAGAGGAUCCUCUGUUCAGCACCACCACGCACAAACCAAAGAAGAAAAGGCGGAAGAAGUCCAGCUCUGAGAGUGACAAUCCUCCUGAAGAGUUGGAGAUGCCGGUCUUCCCAGUAGACGUGUCUGAUGAUAGUGAUAGUGACAAGCUGUUCCUGCUAUCAUUUCUACCAGAAAUGAAGCAAUUACCAUCAAAUAUUAAGAUGUGGGCGAGAGCGCAAAUUGCCAACGUGAUGCAGGAGGCUGUCAGCUCUCACUACAAUAACUCUGUACCCAACGAUAGGAACAGUAUGGUGAAAUACAGACGGGAUAGUUCUGAA